UCGAAACAUUCACAAAACAUUUCCUUCCUUCUUAGCCAUGGAUCUUUUUUUGUUGAUCUUAUGCCUCAUUCCCUUACUUUAUUCCUUGUUUUGCCUUUUUAAGUCGAUUCUUCAACGUAGAGGCCAAUCCUGUUACAUGCUAGCCUAUGAGUGUUUUAAACCCCCAGAAGACACCAUACUCGACACAGAUUCAUGUGCUAGAAUCGUCAUGAGAAACAAGAAUCUGGGGUUGGAGGAAUUCAGAUUUCUCCUCAAAACCAUUGUUAGCUCUGGUAUUGGGGAGAACACUUACUGCCCAAGAAAUGUUCUUGAAGGGAAAGAAGAAUGUCCAAGUCUUAAAGAUACAUAUGCAGAGAUAGAUGAGAUCAUGUUUGACACACUUGACAAUCUCUUCAAAAGGACAGGGAUUUCUCCUUCCGAGAUAAACAUCCUUGUGGUCAAUGUGUCCUUGUUCUCACCAGCUCCUUCUCUCACAUCACGCAUCAUAAACAGGUACAAAAUGAGGGAGGACAUAAAAUCCUUCAACCUUGCAGGAAUGGGUUGCAGUGCAAGCGUGGUUGCAAUUGAUGUGGUGCAGCAACUCUUCAAGACAUACAAGAACUCCCUUGGAGUUGUUGUGAGCACAGAAGAUCUUGGUGCACAUUGGUAUUGUGGAAGAGACAAAAUGAUGCUGCUUUCUAACUGUCUCUUCCGUUCAGGAGGGUGUUCCAUGCUUUUCACAAACAAGCCAGAGCUGAAACACCGUGCAAUCUUGAGACUGAAGCAUAUGCAGAGAACACAGUAUGGUGCAGAUGAUGAGGCAUACAAUUGCUGCAUACAAGUGGAAGAUGAUCAAGGCUUUGGAGGUUUUCGCCUAACCAAGAGUCUUGUGAAGUCUGCUGGUCAGGCCUUGACAGUGAACCUUCAGGGGAUGGCCCCAAAGAUUCUGCCACUUUGGGAACUGGUGCGGUUCUUUACUGCAUCUCUACGCAAUAGUAUGAAAAAUAGGGAAGUUGUACGGUUUUUCACUGUAUUUCUUGGCAAUAGUAAAAUGAAAAGGACCACAUUGAAUGUGUUAGGAGGAGGAGGUUUGAAUUUGAAGUCAGGGAUAGAGCACUUUUGUGUGCACCCUGGUGGAAGGGCAGUUAUUGAUGGGGUUGGUAAGGGGUUAAAGCUCAAUGAAUAUGAUCUUGAACCUGCCAGAAUGGCACUUCAUCGCUGGGGUAACACUUCUGCUGGUGGCCUUUGGUAUGUUUUGGGUUACAUGGAGGCUAAGAAGAGGCUCAAGAAAGGUGACAGGAUCCUCAUGAUAAGCCUUGGAGCUGGCUUCAAGUGCAACAACUGUGUUUGGGAGGUGAUGAAGGAUUUGUCGGAUCCUAAUGUGUGGAAAGAUUGCAUAGAAAGUUAUCCUCCAAGCACAGUAAACAACCCUUUCAAGGAAAAAUACAAUUGGCUCAAUGAUGAAUAUCUUAGCUUUGUGAGGUUGGAUUUUAGCAAGAUGGUCUUUUAGGAUGGAUGGAUGGAGGGGAUACAAAGAGAGAAAAGAUACAGUUCAGUAAAAUAAUUAAUUAAGAAGAGCAAGGAAAAGAAAAUAAACUCUCAAACUACAUAGGUUCAGAAAGUUGUGUCAUGUUUCCAACUUCUUACAUGUUUAAACAUAUAGUUUUAUAUGUAAUGGGUCAGAGGAAAAGAAAGUGUAGAGUUAAUUGUUCAGGUAAACUUCAAAACCCUGUGUACUGUGCUAUUGAUGAAAUAAAGCUCAUGCCACUAAUG